AUGCUGUUACUAUUUUCUUACACGAAUGCAAAUAAACAUUCAAAAUUUCAGUUUUUGUGAAGUGAAAAAAAAAAGUGAAGUGAAAAACUUCGAAAGAAGGGCGGAAUAAGUCAAAGACGACCCCUAGCUUCGCACUGAACACAAAAUUGAUUUACUUGUGAUCAAGAUGAGAAACACAUGCUUUUAACUUUUGUCAGAUAUGUCUCCACAGCAGAUAUGUCUCCACAUCCUUGACUUUUGUCAACAACAUAAUUGAAUUUAUAAAGACUUACGUUUUUUUUUAAUUUUUUUAUAUCUUGGUACCGGUUAAUAAAGCCAGUUCUUGCAUGUUGAUAUAAAAAGCGCAUCAGACUCGUUAAACUUGUGUUACCUUUUGUCUCUUUCUCCUCUGCUCGUACGACUUUGGAUUUCGAGACGGCGAGGAGAAUUCGUUUUCUAGGGUUUUUGAAUCCCCCCGCACAAGGAACAAAAAAAGAUGGGUCCUCUUGUCGGAGAGACCGAGCUUACCAAAGCACUCCUCCAAGCCGGAAACGAUCUACACAACCCUCGUUCUUCUACUGAUGCCAUCUUCCACCUUCUCAAUAAUGUGGAGUCUCUGCUCCUCGCUGUUGAACAAGAUCCUACUCUACAAGUGAGAAACGCCCUGAAACCGUCAACGCAGGCUUUGGUAUCUCCUGGUCUCUUGAGAAACCCUGAUUCUGAUGUUAGGGUUUACGUCGUCUCCUGCUUAACCGAAAUCAUGAGGAUCACUGCCCCAGAGGCCCCUUAUAACGAUGACCAAAUGAAGGAGGUCUUUGAGGUGACUGUAGAGGCAUUUGGAAAACUUGCGGAUGCUUCCUGUGACAGUUAUAAGAAAGCUGAGGCCGUGCUUGAUACUGUUGCUAAAGUCAGAUCAUCCUUGGUGAUGUUGGACUUGGAGUGCGAUGACCUUAUUCUUGAGAUGUUUCGGCAGUUUUUGAAAAUCAUAAGUCUAAGACCGGAUUGUCCUCAACCGGUACUUCUCUCAAUUGAAACGAUAAUGGUCACUGUUAUAGAAGAAAGUGAAGAAGUGUCCAUGGAUUUGCUCGAGAUUCUCUUGGGUCCUGUCAAAAAAGAGAGCCUGGAUGUCUCACCAGUGGCAUCGAGGCUUGUGGAGAAGGUUCUCAUUAGUUGCGCCUGUAAGCUUCGACCUGACAUCAUGGAAGCUUUGAAGUCCACAAGGAUUAGCUUGGACAUGUAUUCUCCUGUAGUUUCUUCAAUAUGCCAAAGCGAAGCUCCCACUACUGAAGCACACAUUGUUGGUAACCUCAAAGAAACCGAGAGGGAAGAAAAGGUAUCAGAAGAACAGGUAGUUCCAAGUAAUUCAUUGCAGGGAAAACUGGAUUUGGGACUUUCUCCUAAGGGGAUUAGGUCCAAGAGAACUGCAAGAGGUGGAGCUCGCGCCAAUGGAGAUGACAAUGUCAAAAAUGGAGACGGUUUGAAGAAAGGGCAAUCUGAAAGUACAGACGGAGAGAUUGAAACAGGGUCUACUAGGAAGAGAAAACCUAAUUCUCUGAUGAAUCCUGAGGAAGGCUAUUCAUUCAAGACGUCAUCAUCAAGCAGAAAGAAGGUGCAUGAAAAAGAACUUGGGGGCUCGUCGCUUGUAAAGCUGGCUGCCAAGAAAGCAUCUGAGCCAAGUAAAGUUGGUCAAACGAAUCAGUCAGUUGUUAUUUCUCUCUCACCUUCUAGUAAGGCUGGGAAGGGAUCACGGAAACGAAGCAGGAGCAAGAUGGAAGAGACAGAUCUUGAUGCAGGCUCUUUAGCUACACCAGCGUCAAAGAAACAGAUUGUGAAGAAAGAUGAUCCUGAAGAAAAAGAAGAUUUUAUGAAAACUAACCUUGAGAAGCCUGAAGAGAGCACUAAGCUUGCAAGUAAAAAGGAGAAAGCACAGAAGGGUUCAGCGAAAACAACUGCAAAGCAGCCAUUAGCAGAAUCUAAAAAGGAGAAAGCACAGGAGGGUUCAGCAAAAACAAUUGCAAAGAAACUACUAGCAGAAUCUAAAAAGGAGAAAACACAGAAGGGUUCAGCUAUAACAGCUGCAAAGAAGCCACUUGUAGAAUCUAAAAAGGAGACAGAACAGAAUGGUUUAGCGAAAACAUCUGCAAAGAAGCGACUUGAUGAAUCAGUCCACUCAGAUUCUAAGAAAAAGAAUUCAAAAGGUGCAAGCAUGGAUAUGCAGACUCCUGAGUCAUCAAAGAACAAGAAGAAGAGUUCUCGUGCAAUGACGCCUCCGGCCAAAGAAUCUGAACAAACUCUCAAGAGCCAUCCCAAGAGGAAACGGACAGCUAGAGAGGAAGUGGAGUCCACUAAGAGUGAGCUUGGCGAAGAGUUGGAGUUGGUUGGGAAGAGAGUUAAAGUCUGGUGGCCACUUGACAAGAAGUUUUAUGAUGGCGUCAUUAAGUCCUAUUGUAGUCUUACGAAGAUGCAUAAGGUGUCUUAUUCGGAUGGGGAUUCUGAAGAGCUUAAUCUUGAAAAAGAACGUUGGAAGAUAAUCAGUGAGGAAAAGGAGGAGAUUGAUCUACCUGAUUCUACUCCUUUAUCUGAAAUAAUGCGAAGGCAUAAAGCCAAGAAGAGGAAAAUUGCGUCUAUGAAUGUGGAGCCGAAAAGUUCUUCAGAAGUCAGAUUCUCGAAGAAGAAAGACCUUGUAGCAAACUCCACUAAACAAGGGAAAGUAACCAAAGAAGGGGUGAAGGGCGGAAGCAAUGAACCAGAAAGGAGGGAAGAGAUAGACCUAAAAUUCUCAGAAGAUUGUGAUGAAAAGGAGGAAUCUGAAACCAAGGUUGAAGACGGUCUUGAAAUGGGGGAAGAAUUAAAUGCAGAGCCUGAAUGUAAGAGAGAUCACCAAGAACUGCCUGAGGAUUCUAAUGCAGAAGCCAAGUCUGAUGGAGAAGAGCUGAAGUCUGCAGAGGCCGAAACUGAUGGAAAAGAGCAGGAGGAGGUAGAGAAUGAGCCAACUGCAGAACUCAACACUGAUGGAGAAGAGCGAGAGUCAGCGAUAGAGACAAAUGAAGAACCUGAAACAGUGGUACAAGUGCGAGAAUCAGCAAAAGAGCCAACUCCAGACGCAAAGUUGAUUGAGGAGGAUGUUUCUGAGGAGAAGGAGACUGGUAAAGUCGAAAAUGAAGCUGAAGAUGAGGAACAGAAAAUAGUUGAGGAACAGGAAGAAAAGGCUGAUAAAGGAGAAGGUUGUGGUACUAUUCCUGUUUCAGGUUGAUAGAUCCAGGAGAAAAAGAUGUCGUUUUUGUGGUGUACCUAUUAACUUUCGUGUUUAGUAAAAGCUAGCUGCUAGUCUAGAGACGUAGUGUUACUGUUAGUAGAGUCUUCUGACAUAUUUCUUAUUAUGAAAUCAGUUUGGUGACGUACA